ACCUAAUGACCAAUGAGGCUCAAUGAAGAGUUAUGACAUCAGGUAGUUAGUGGCACACACUUGCCUGCCUGAGAAGCUGCAUGUCAAGGCCAGUCACCACUUCUCAUUCACCUAAGCAACACUUCAGCUCAUGCAGCUGGCAUUUUCUCAAAGCAUUAACAUCAGAGAAUACAACUGAGAAGAAAACAAGACAAGGAGCAUUAGAGCGUGUGGAAAGGAGAUUUUGCUGCGUCCCACCCAGAUCAUGAAACAGAAUGUCUAGGAAAAAAACUCAAGAUGAUGAUAUUUCCAACAACAUUCCUGAUGGAGCCGAUUUCAAAAAUCUACUGAAACUGUUUCAGAAAUUAGUUGACCAGACCGUUGCUCAGAAAAGGGAUGAAAGAUUAGGCUUGUAUAUAAAAGAUGCUGAGGAAAUUGAUUACGAUAAAUUCUUUGCUGAAGUCCAGAGGCUGUUUGGUACAGAUGUGAAACCACAAGAUGUUAAAACCUUCUAUAGGAAGAUUAGCAACAAUCCUGAUGGGCGUACGGAAUGGUGUGAGAUCUUUGGAUAUUAUAUACUGGAGGGUGAUGCUCUUGCUGCCCAGCUUGAUGAAGAAAAUAUGGUUUUCCUGGUAUCCAAAAAGCAGCGGAUUUCAAAAGCAGGAGUCAAGAGACGUGAUGUAAUAAAGUGCAUAGUGAAAGUACCACAGCUGGAUUUUUUAGUAGUAGCAUCACAAAAAGGGAUGCUGUCCGUUUUCUCCAGCCAGAUGAGGAUCCUGACGAGCACAAGCAUUCCCGACACCUCCUGGAUCACUGGAUGUGAUUACCUGAGUCAGCUCAAGCGUGUUGUUGCUGUGACGGAAAGAACCAUUAUCAUCUGGGAUUAUAAAACACAGGGCACUGCCAUGGACAAUUGUUUUAUCAUCAAACCCGUGGAACAUUGCGUUAUUUGUGUUUGUGCUGUUCAGCGACCAGCAGAACUACUAGUGAAGGAUGACAUCUUACUGGGGGAUGACGGGGGAUACGUAAAUAUGUAUACCAUGACCAGCGAUGACUUCGGCCUAAAGCAAUCUAAAGCUAAAAAGAAAGCGCAAAUUAUGGUUAUCGAUUCUAGGAAAUUCAAAAGCAUUAGACGCAAGCUACAUGAGGACUGGGUUGUGAAAGUCAAAUACUUUCCAGCCUUGAAUUGUUUUGGAUCCUGCUCUUUGGACAGUGUUCAUUCUUUGGUUUUGGAUGACCUGAGAAGACUUGAAGACAACACACCUGUUAGGGAGUUCUCAGUACCAAGGGGAGUUAACGCUUUCACAUACUGUGGGAAAGCCAAUAUUGUUGUUACUGGGGGAGAUGAUAAAAUUCUUCGUUUGUGGCAUCCUAACAUCAAUACGAAGCCAGUGGGGAAGCUGAUGGGACAUUUAUUUAGCAUAACAGAGAUUGUCACCAAUGAAAAGGACCAGCACAUUAUUAGCCUUUCGACUGCAAAGAUUUUCAGAGUGUGGGAUAUCCAGACCCUUUCCCUGAUGCAGGUCUUCCACGAUUCCCAAGCAGGGCCUAGAGAGACACAAAUCUUUACUAUGGUAUUUGACAAUAACCAUGGCACACUUAUUACAGGAUCAGCUGUGAUUGAUAUUUAUCCUCUCACGCGAGUUAUACAAGACACGAAACAGGUUCCCCAGACGCAUGAGAGGAGCAUCAAUGUGCUGAUUUACAACAAAGUCUUUCGCCAAAUUCUAACUAUCUGUUCUGAAUCAAUCGUAAAGGUCUGGGAACUGGAAACAGGCCAACAAAUAUACCAGAUUGAGGAUGCCCAUGGACCGAAUGUUGAGUUGACAUGUGCAGCAAUUGAUAAAAAUGGAUUCCACCUUGCCACUGGAGCAUGCGAUGGAACUGUGAAGACUUGGGAUUUUGGAAGUGGACAGCAACUUAAAGUUUUGCCUUUAAUCAGGGAAAGCACAGUUAAUGAACACUGGCUGAUGCAAAUGGUUUACCUGAAGGCUAGUGGAAGUAGACAUGUCAUCCUGGUCUUGGAGUACAGUGGGACUAUCAAAAUUGUUCAGGGUAAUGAAGGUGAAGUUUAUCUAUGCAUUACUUGGGAGCUUCCUGAAGCAGUAUCAGUUGCUCUACAAGGCAAUCCACUCAUGUCCCUAAAACUGAGUCCCAAUGCCAAGAAAAGCAAUGGAUUCUUUCCAGAUGUUCAGCUGCUGCUUGAUAAGGUGCCUGUGAAAAAAUCAAAGAAUGAGUUACCUCUGAAAACGGAAGUGAAAUGCUUUGACCUACUAAGAGUGGAAGGUUAUAAUUUGUUAGCUACCGCAAGUGCAAAUGGCGCAAUCAUCAUGUGGGAUUUUGAAUCUGCCACUGCCAGGCACAUAUUUAAAGCUGGAAACACUGUCCAAGAAGAUGGAGAAGAAUUAUUAGGAAUCAACGGUUUACUGUUCCUCUACCGAGGUGCUGUCUCAGAGAGGAAACUUAGCGAGACUUCCACCGACAGUUUAGACCAACCGAGUGAUGUCAACACUACACAGGAGGUGGAAAGCAGCUUUGCAAGCAUAAAGAAGGAAGCUGUUAAAAGUGAAACUGAUACCAAAACAGAAACUUCAGAAGCAAAAUUUACAGGGUCUCCCACCUUGGAGAACAAAACACUGGGAUCUGCUUUAUUAGAACUUCCAAAUCAGGAAACAGAACGUCAUUCAAGACCUAUACUUGCCUCUGGCCAUGAAGAUGGUUUUAUUUAUCUCUGGACUAUAACGGGAGAUCUACUGAGAGAAAUUUUGCCUUUCACAAAACAUCCUCCAAUUCCUUUGACAGCACUGUGCACUGGUGUAUCUUCUAAAACACUUUUUGCCGCUAAUAAAGAGGGGCAUGUUAUAAGAUGGCAUAUUGGCUCCUUCUUAGAAGAUCCACAGGAUACCAACAAGCAUAUAAAGCAACAAAUUUGCUGGAGAGCUCAUUCCGCCAAAAUAGUCAGCUUGUUCUAUGAAGAAGAAAAAUGCCUUGUGGUGACUGCUGCUAGUGAUAGUUCUGUCAGGCUCUGGCAUGCACCCGAUGGACACUACAUUGGUUACUUUGGCCAGCGCAGGUUGUUCGAACUUUUGGAAUCUGCAGAUAUCAUUUUGCCCUGUGACGUGAAUGAAAUCCCCUUCAGCAUAAGAGACAACAGCAAAUAUAUGGAUAAAAAACAGAAGUUUGAAUAUCCUCUGGUCCUUGACAGAGAGAAAUGGAAGACUCUGACCAGAAGCUCCUUGUCAUUGAAAAAGCCUGGCCCUUUUGAAGUGGAUCAAGAUUUCAAGUUUUUCAAAGCCCUGGCUUCUCCUAUGAUUAACAAACACCCCCUGGAAAGUUUCAAAUCUGGCAGCAAAGAUACUGGUGUUGUAUUUGGGUCUAUACCUAUAUACAGGGUUGCAACUCCUCCGAAGAUUAAACCUAUUCAUACAAAGGAUCAGGAAGACUCUGUUGACAGUAUUGGCAUGAGAAGCAGAAUUAUUUCCCAUUCACCAUCGCGUGUCGUCACUGCAAAAGCUGCAAAAGCUGCAAAAACCCUUCAGGCCCCUCCUUUCUAACCUCCUCUAAUGCCAAUCCAAGUAUGAAAAUCAUGAAACAGGAAGAUGUGUUGCAAUGAACAUCGGUGAAAAUAAAAUCGUGAUAACACAAAAGGAAAGAUCUCUGGAUUUUUGUAUCUGAAACACUAGGCAUGCACAAGCCACCAGACAUCAUUUUCAUCAGUUUCUUUUCCCGUUGUUAAUACCAUUGUUGUACUCCAACAGAGGAAUUUUAAAGUGAGACUCCAGCACACUAUAUCUGAACUAGAACUAAUAACUAAAUUUAAUUCUGUUUAUUUGGGCUUAGAUGGAAACCGUGGCUUCCUGUUCCACCUCAGGUGUUGAUUUACUUAGCAGUGCUAAAAUGAUUGUGUUUUCACUAGUUACUGCUGUUGGGAAUAAUUUCUGUGUUUGUUGGUGUUAAUUUAGACUUGAGUUGAAUUGUUACAGACUGUGCUUUUUGCAUGUCUUUGUCAUUUUUACCCCAAUGUUUGCAGUUUUUCCUGUCCUCUGUACACUCAUACCUGCCAGUUGAAGAUACUGUGCCUCUGAUGAACUGUACUCUGGUCCAUGAAAACUUAUAUGCCAUAAUAAAGUUACUAGU